CAAAAAUGACGUAAGUGAUCACGAGACUUAUCGCCAUUUUGCACGGAGGGUGUUUUUACUUCAAUGAAUUGUUGACAGAAAUAAACUGCGUAGAUCUAGAGGUACGUUAAUACUGUGACCGUAAUACACAGAGGUGAAAAUGGCAUCUCGGAAGAAGGUUCUUCUCAAGGUGAUCAUCUUGGGUGACAGUGGUGUUGGAAAGACGUCACUGAUGAACCAGUAUGUAAACAAAAAGUUCAGUAACCAGUACAAAGCAACAAUAGGUGCAGAUUUUUUAACAAAAGAAGUUAUGGUUGAUGACAGACUUGUGACGAUGCAGAUCUGGGACACUGCUGGUCAAGAGAGGUUCCAGAGUUUGGGCGUGGCGUUCUACCGCGGUGCGGACUGCUGUGUGUUAGUGUUCGACGUGACCAUGCCCAACACAUUCAAGUCACUGGAUAGCUGGAGAGACGAGUUCCUCAUUCAAGCCAGCCCCCGCGACCCAGAAAACUUCCCAUUUGUAGUCAUUGGCAACAAAAUUGAUUUGGAAAACAGAGUGGUUUCAGCGAAGCGAGCUCAAGGCUGGUGUCACAGUAAAGGCGAUAUACCCUACUUCGAGACGAGUGCCAAGGAGGCAAUCAACGUGGAACAAGCUUUCCAAACAGUAGCUAAGAACGCACUAGCACAGGAAACAGAAGUAGAAUUGUACAAUGAAUUUCCAGACCAGAUUGUGUUGAAAAACGAACAGAACAAACCGAAAGAAGGGUGUGGCUGUUAAUGUUGUCAUUUUGACUUUUAGACCAGUAAAACUGUGGACUCGGUUGCAAAGAACUGACACUGUGGAAGGAAUAAUUCGCAGUCCAGCCACAGUUUGUGUAAAAAGUGUCCAAAGGUACAUAGCACUUGUUAUAUUCCGAAGAGCUUUUCCUAUUUUGUAUGUCAGGCUGUUCUCUUGUGCAACAUUCAAGUGACAUAAUGCUCUACUUUUGAAACAUUUUUUUUUUUACCUGCUUUGUAUUGCAAUAUCUACAGUCAAAGCAUAACAGUGGUUUGCACGUGUGGACUGCGGGUAAAUAUUAAAUUGAUUGAGAUUGAUUACAGUUAAACCAUGCAGGGUUUGUUUUACUAAAAUUAAUGUUCAGGGAUAUUUCUGAACUAGUUCCAGCAAUGUGGCCAUGUAGAUGUUUUAUAAAUAGUGAAAGCAGAAAUAUUUCUAUAUUUAGAUGGAUUUAUUUUGCAUGUAAUACAUAUUUAAGUAUUUAAAACGUGAUUAUUAUUUUUAAAAGAGUGGAUACUUAUAAAACUUAUUAAGAGUCACUUCUAUCGAACCAAAUGAAUGUGACACUUAUAUAGAACCAUGUGAAUGUUUGUAAAUUACAAUUGGUUCUGUUUGAAUGGGAUGGUCUAGUUAUGUUGGGGAGGGAAGGGGUGUGGGGGACUGGUUCACGGUAUAUAAUUCUGAGUCAUUGUGCCAUACAAAUUAAAAAACGUAUAAUCUAUUUUGUUUUAUUUUUUGCAAUGCACAAGUCCUCGAAUUUGUAAAUCUGUAUUUAGUGGUGGUACUGUGAAAAUAGUUGAUAUGCUUUGGGACAGAUAUUAUUACUCAAAAAAUAAUUUCUAUUUCAAAGUCUAAUCUAGUGCUCUAUAAGCCAAUAAUAGGCUUUGUGAUAAAUAUCCAGACUCUGAUGGAAGAAUUUUAAUCCUUUUCUGAUUUCACUACCAUUGAAACAUGUAACUAUCAUAAUAUAUAUUUUUAGUACAGUUUUUCAAACAGAUUGAGGGAUUAUAGCAGAAUAUUACAACAGAUCUGCAAAAGCGGUGUUGGCCAAUCUUUGUGAAUUGCUCAUCCACCGAACUUAGUUUAAAAAAAAAUAUUUUUGUGUGUUGGAUACUUGUGAUUUAAAAAAAAAAUCAUAUAUAUUUGUUUUUUCAUAACAUGGAGGAUAAGUACAUAUGUAACAGAAACGGAAAUGCAGAUGAAAUGUACAUUUGUCAAGUUACUGCUGUUACAAAAACAAUAAUUGUUAUAAAUUCUGAAUCAUUCUAGUGAUGUUGAAGUUGAUGAAGGGAAAAACGGUUUGUUAAAUAUUCUAAAUCAUGUAGGCUGUAGAAAUACAUUGUUCUAUUAAGUUUUCAGUUGUAUAUAUACAUACAUAUAUAACCGUGGUGUGCAAUUGAACAUACAGACAUAUGAGCAAGCAUUGCCUGUAUGCUAUGUUGUAUAAAUUAAGCAUGUUACUAGUUAGACAACUUUAUAAUAUGGGCUUAUUGAAUAUAUUAAUUUAAUUACUGACAAUGUUUUAAAGAUUGUUUAUUUUGUUGAAAUGAUUUUUAUUGGAGUGUUCUAAAUUCAAGCCUAAAACUAAAUCAAUUCUGUGUAACCUAUUUCUGGUGCAUGCAAAAUUUGGAACACCAUUUAUUUGGACAUAAUGGGUUAUGUAAAAAAAAAAUGGAUUACUUGAAAACCUUUUUUGUGUAACCUAUAAAUGGGUUAGGCAAAUUUUCAAUUCUCAAAGGUAUGAAAUUUAUUUAUUAACUUUUCUAAAAAAAACAAAAUUGCCAUUUGAUUUUGUAGUUAACUUACUCUUCAGUAGUAUAAAUUUGUAUUUGCCUGAAUUUAUAAAACCCCAGAAAAAAACCUAUGCAUAUAACCAAAUCGAAAGUUAGGAGUGAGUGGGGCAGUGAUGGGUUUUUUUAACACAUAAUGUGCAUGUAAUGCUUGCCAAUAAAGGUAUGUGAUAAGAAGUAUAAUGUGGUGUAUUCAUUUCUAUAAAGUCGUCUAUUUUCUCCUUUGUUUUUUUUGUCAUUCAUGCUUAGGGCCUAAAAAUUCCUGAAUUACAUUUUUACUAAUAUUUUACUAUUGUUGAAAUUGUUUCCAUGUGAGACAACAGUAGGUGACACCUUGUGCAUUUGUGAUCACACAGUUGUAAAUUGCAUAGAUAAUUUUGUCAUUUUCUUCUAUUUACUUCUUUCUUGUAUAGAUGAAUAUAAAUAUGUGUACAUGUACGAGAAAAAAACAAUAAAGCAAUCAAAUCGG